AUGCAGCGGGUGUUACGCGACCGGCCCCAGCUUGCAGCCUUCACCGGCUUCCAUGGAACAACCAGCCCGCUGCACCGCGCCGCAGCUGCCGGCCACCUGGCCGUGUGCCACGCCAUCGUGGAGCCGCUGAAGCAGCGCGUGGCGCUGUCCGCGGCGGCGGCGGCGGCCGGCGGCAGCAAGCGCUCGGCGGCGGCCGCCAAGUGGCGGCGCCUGCUGGCUACGGUGCUGAACCAGCGCAGCCACAAGUCGCUGACGCCGCUCAUGCUGGCGUGCGAGCACGGGCACGCCGCCGUGGCUGCCUACCUGCUGCGCGAAGGCGCCGACCCGCUGGCCGCCGACUUUGUGCACUCGCGCACCUGCCUGCACUACGCCGCGGUGGGCGGCCACGCCGACUGCCUGCUCCUGCUGUGCUCAGACGGCGCCAUGGUGGCCACACAGGACGGCGCCCGCCCGCUGCGGGACGUCAUCGUAUCAGACAUGCAGGUCCAGGCCUGCCGCUUUAUCGACCAGCGCGCGUUUGGCGGGCUGACCGCGCUGCACUUUGCGGUGGUGACGGGCAGCCUGGAGGCGGUGCAGGCGCUGCUGAGGGGGGGCGCAUCCAUCAUGGUCAAGUCGGACGGCGAGGCAUACAUAGGGGAGGACUUCCUGGUGCCUGGCUCCUCCCCGCUGCACGUGGCCGUCAUCAUCAACAACAUCUCCAUCGCGCACAUGGAGAUGAUGAACAUCCUGGGCACUGCGCUGGACGAGCGCGGGCGGCGCCCCUGGGAGGGCACCUCCCGCACCGACAUCCGCUCCGUGCGCAACCACUUCCGCAAGCUGCCCUUCCACCUGGCGCGGGAGCGGCACCAGCCGCAGCUCAUGUCGCUGGUGGACCCGCGCAUACCCAUCGACGUGGCGCUGGAUGCCGCCAGGGACACGGAGCACGGCAUCGGCCCCAAGCGCCUCUCCACCAUCUGCUCCCUGGUGCUGCAGCGCACGCUGCUGCAGUGGCUGGACAACUGUCAGCGGGAGCUGGCCAGGGAGGCGGCGGGCAAGCCGCCGCGCCCGCGCGCCUCCAUGGGCCGCCGCAGCAGCAGCCGGAGCAAGAUCAGCACGAUACCCGCGGCCGCAGCGGACGCCACCUCGCCGCCGCCCACGGCAGGCGGGCCGGCCCCCGCCCCGGCCGGCGCAGCGCAGCAGGCGGCGGGCGACGCGGCGGCGGCAGCAGACGUCGACGACGCGGCCGCCGUCUCGCCGUUUGCCGCCGCCGCCGCGCUGGCCGCCGCGCUGGCGGGCAACUGGUCGGCGCCGCCCUCGCCCCACCCCUAUGCCCACAUCCCGGGCGCCGCCAGCGCGCCGGUCAGCCCCGGCGGCAGGCUGGGCGUGGCGGCUGAGCCGGCGGGGCCGGCGACCGUGGGCGCGGUGCCUGGCCUGGAUGCGGCUGCGGGGCAGGCCGGGGCGCAGCGCAUGGCCUCCCUGCACGGCUACAUGGGCAUGCUGAGCAUCAAGCGCCCCGCCUCCACCGCCGCCAUCGAGUCGGCGGCGGGCGGCGCGGCGGGCGCGCGCCAGCUCGCGCGCCAGCUGUCGGGCAGCGUGCCGCCGCACCAGCUGCUGCGCAACAGCAGCGGCGCGGCCGGCAUGGCGGCGGCGGCGCGCGUGCGCUUCCUCACUGGCCCCACCGGCGUGGCGGCGGAUGCGGGCACGCCCACCGGUGCAGGGUCCAUGACAGACAGCCCGCGCCUGCCGCCGGCGGCAUCGCCCCGGGACCUGCCCGGCGGCGCCGCCUCGCCGCCCGACCGCACCAUCAAGGUGGUGCCCAUCUCCCACCGCCGCACCUCCUCCCAGGGCAACCUGCGCCUGGGCGGCAUGGCCCUCCCCGGCAUGGGCAUGGGCAUGGGGGCGGCCAUGGGCAGCAUGGUGUUUGGCAUGCGGCGGCGCAGCGGGGAGGGCGGCGGCGUGCUGCCGCCGCCCCCGCCCGAGCCCGGCGCGGCGGCGGCCGCGGCGGCGGUGGCGGCGGCGCUGGCUGGGGAGCAGGGCGCGGUGCAGGCGCUGGCUCUGGCCAGCGACAAGGAGAAGGACCUGGGGCUGGACAGCGAGGGAGAGCCGGACAGCCCGCUGAGCCAGGGGGAGGAGGAUGGGGAGGAUGUGGAGUGCGGCGUGUGCCUGGACGCGCUGGUGGAGGUGGCCUUUGCCUCCUGCCAGCACAAGCUGUGCCUGGCCUGCGCCCGCAACCUGACACAGCAGAACAAGAAGCCGCCGCACUGCCCCUUCUGCCGCCGCCUGGUGGUGGGCUUCCAGCGCGUGUCCGUCACAGGCUUGCCGCUGGGCACCAGCAGCAAGAGCCUGGGCUCGGGCGUGCAGAGCGGCCAGGACGGCGCCGCGCCGCCGGCAGCCGCGUGCUGA